AUGAUAGCCAAUGGUGGUAAAGACAGGUUUUCACAAAUUGGCAUAGGGAAAACGGGGCAAAAACCAUCGCAGCAGUUGGCUCUAAAGGAUGGCAAAGAGGUUCUCGGCAUCUGUGAGGUGGUCAGUGGAGCUAUAGUCCAUGCAGUCCAGAAACUGAAGGAGUAUCUUGGAUUUGAAGACACGCUGAGCAAUCUAUGCCCAGCUCCAAACCCUCUCAGUGAGAUCUUCUUAAUCCACUUUGUCACUUUCUGCCAUGAAAAAGGCAUUGACAACUGGCUUACUACCACCAAGAUGACCAAGCACCAAGCCUUCCUGUUCAGGGCGGGCUGGAUUUGGACCUUUUGGGCAUCCAAUAAGCAAAUAAGGCUCCAGCUGGCAGCACAGACUCUACAGAUGUCUUCUCUUCCUCCCGUGGAAUCUGAGCCUUGUGACCCCUCCAAUCCAGAAUCCAGGGCAGAGGGGUCUUUCAGCAAUAGAAGUAGGUUUGAUAAGCUGGAAGAAUUCUGUAACUUGAUAGGAGAGGAUUGUCUGGGCCUGUUUAUCAUCUUUGGUGUGCCAGGAAAGCCUAAAGACAUCCGACAUACUGUUGUCCUGGACAGUACUGUUGUCCGGAACAGUAUCAAACGUGAGACACUGAGGGGCCAUUUGCCAGGACGGACGGCCGUGGCACAGUUCAUCCUGGAAACUGAAGAUUGUGUCUCCAUCAGGGAACUGCUUGGAAACUGUCUGAGUAAGAAAGACGGGCUGAGAGAGGUGGGCAAGGUUUCUAUUCGCAUCCUCUGA